AUGGGCAAUUCAAAAUCCACCCCGAUCAACAACCCCUACACCGGCCUCCCACGGGUCCCCACGGCCACCACGGACCCCUCCGCCUCUAGCGAUAAGCGCGACAGGACACUAACCCACCUCCUACGGCUAAACCACCACAACCACACCCUCCUGUACUCGCAGGAGCUGCGCUUCCACAACCACCUCCCGCACGCCCUGGGCAGCGCCUACCUCCUCGGCGCGCCCAGCGAGCACCUGACGAAGCUGUACGAGAGCGAGAGCGAACCGCUGGAGCCCUGGCCGCCCACAACGCCCGGUGAGAUCGCGCGGGACCACUGGCGCGAGCACGUCUCGGACCGCCGCUACCAGCGCGCCUACCUGGACUUCUUCGAGGAUGAGCUGGUACGGCUCGGGUACGACUGGCGGAGGGUCGUGGCGGAGUACCUCUUCCGCGGACCGGAACCGCUGAUAUUCGGCGGGAUGGGCGGGCUGGGUCACCCGCUCAUACACCUCGGCUACGCUUUCGAGCUUGGGAGCAAGGAGGUGGGGAUGGAAGCUCUGUCGCUGUUUGCGACGAAUUAUAAUCUGCUGCAUGGGUAUUUUGAUGUGGAGUUUUCCACUGCUGGUGGUGAUGGUGUGCCGGCUGAUGGCUCGUCCCUUACUACUACGACGACUGCGUGCGUGUGUAGCGACCCGUUGGAGAUAAUCGGCAGGAUUGGGGCGGAUCCCGCCUUCCGUGGCAUAUUCUCCCACCCCGGUUCGGAUAAUAUCGCCCUUCUGCUCCAACUCCGGGAGAAGGAGGUGCUCGCCUACUACCACCAGUUCGAGAUCGUGUCCCCCGCCGAUGCCCACAAAUCCUUGAAUCGCCUCGCUGCGCUACUGCUCACUUGCUCGCACGAUCCCGGCCGGCCGGAGUUCGACUUCUUCGUCGUUCACCUGACCACAGUUUCCUACGCCAUCCGCACCCUGCUGCCCGAGGCGCCGGAGGAGUAUGCGCUGCCGCUGGUCAAGAUGCACUGGUUGUUCAUCAUCGUGGUCUACGUGGCUCAAUUGAUGAGGGGGGUGCGGCCGGAGUUACUGGAGGGGGUGGAUCUGCGUGGGAGGGGGUGGGCGGAUGUAGUGCACAAGGCGCUGGAUAGGGGAGAGGGGAGUGGAAGUGGCGGGAAGAUGGAGGAUGCGCACUAUUUGAAAGGUAUAUUUUCCCUGCCUCUCCCUAUACAUACUUCCUCUCCCAAAACCCUUAUGGGAGGAAGCUGGCUGAUGGCGAGGAUAGCGGUGAGGGCGUUGAAGGACUCGGCACAGCUGUGGAAGGAUCAGGAAGAGUUUUACCUGAAGGCUGCUGUCAAGUUUGCUUGGGAGUUUGAGAGGUGGUCUUUUGGGAGUGAGGAGGGGCAUAAUUGAUUGAUUUGUUCAUACCCAUUCUAGUAUUACCUCUUGUUGGGCAUUAUUUUUAUGGCGUUUCAUCGUGGAAAUCUUUGCUCCCAUCGUUAAACACCAAGCAAGCCUGCCACUCUUUUUUCACAUCACAAAAACUCACUCGCCUUGGAAGGCAAUGAGGGAAAGAAAGGGAGAAAAGGUUUCUGAAGGAUGUAUAUACACAACAGUAAAUCUAAACAUCUCUAACAUACCCGUAAUCACCCUCACCCUCGGACCUAGCGCCCUGAAACCUCUUACCGAGCACACGAAACUUGCUCAAGAAGGCAUCGGUAUCGACAUACGCCCCCUUCAACCACCUCUCCCCGCUGCUGGGAUCAAACGCCCUCCUGGCAUGCAACACCCUGCGAUUAGCGAAAACAGCGCACACGCCCUCCCUCAGCGUGACGUCGAACUGCGCUUUCGGAUCACCCACGCCGUCCGCGAACAUCUCCAGCGCGCGGAGGAACAGCCUGAAUCUCCCCGCGAAGAGCGGGUCCGUGGGUGCGUCCUCGAACGCGGCCUGGAAGGGCGGGGAGUAGUUGACGUGCGCGAUGCGUUUGUUGGCGCGGUAAUCCGUGUCGUCGAGGGCCACGACGGGGUGCAUGUGGUGGUAGUGGUGGCCGUCGUUGUGGUAAUGGUACGGGACCGGGUACGUCAGUAGUGAAUUCCAGAGUGAGUAGCUGGUCAUGCGGACUGCCGUCGCCGCGCGGAAGGAGUCUGCAAAGUAGGAUUCGCCGCCCGUCACCGUGUUCUUCAGGCAGUGGAGGAAUUGCACGCCCGGCGGGGAGGAAAAGUAUAGGAGGUCCAUGUGUAGGCCCAAGUUCAGGCUCGUGUAGGCUAUGUUCUUGCUCUCCGGGAGGGACUUGACGUCCCAGGUCUUUCCGUAGAAUGUGUUUUUCAGGGGGCCGAUUCGCUCGGCGAUUCUCUCCACCGAGGACUCCUCGCUCGGUACGUUUUUCAAGAAGAACAGGCCAUAGACUGAGAGGGCUUUCAACGCUCUGUGUAGCCCUUCGUCGUCGUUCGAGAAGUACUCUUCCCAGUCCAGCCACAUCACGUCCCCCUCCAUCACGUCCCUAUCCCAUAGGACCAGGCUCCUAUCGUUGAACCGGUGCCGUACGAUGUGCCGGUGGUCCGAGUACCUUAGCAGGAACUCGGCGCUGUAGAGGCUGGUGUGGUUUUCCCGUCGCGGGUUCGCCACUGGGAUGUCGGUCUCUGGAUCCCAGGUCACCCGCAGCGCACCGUCGUCCAGCGUCAUUGCCGUAAGCGGCCGUAUGUCCUGCGGUAUGUCACUGGUUUGGAAGAGCUUCUGCCGGGUUGAGGGAUCCACACAGUGAGCGCAAGCGCAGGCAUCUCGCAGGAAGACGUUAUCGAAGGCGUGGGGCAUGCCAUUUAGUAUCAGGUCUACACGCUUGGUGUUGGUGAGCCGUGCGCCUUUGGCUUUCGGAUCGCGGGCGAUUGCGGUGUGGAGCUUAGGCUUUUUUGGUUUGUUGGUGUUUCUGUAGGUGCCGCCGCUGGUGCUGCUGCCGGUGGUAGUAGCAGUGGAGGUCGAGUAUUGGAGAGUUGGGAGGAGGAAGGCUGGUGAGGUGAUGGCGGUGAUGCCCAGUGGGGGGAAGAAUUGCGGUGUACUGCCUUGUUGGCGAGGAAGGAGUGAUCGUAGUAUUCGUCUAAAGGGGCUCAUAGCUGAUUGCUCAU